UAUCUCUCUCUCCCUGCCUAUAUAUCUCUCGUCCUCCCUCUUCCACAUCCUUGUUCAUAUCCACCCUACCUCCUGCCCAGCAGCGUCCUCGAUCGAUCGAUCGAUCCGUGUUCUUCCCUGAACAUCACCUAGCUCAGUUGCUAAUUAAUUUAUUCCUUCCUCGCUGCGGCCUUAGCUAUUAGGAAGUUGAGUAGGAGGAGGUGGUGCAAAGAUUAUUGCGGCGAAGGCUAUAUAGAGAGCUUCAGAUUAGCAGUCUGUUGUUGUUGAUUGCGCGAUCGAUCGAUCGAGGAUGUGCACCAGGGGCCACUGGAGACCAUCGGAGGACGAGAAGCUGAAGGAGCUCGUCGCGCUAUACGGGCCGCACAACUGGAACGCCAUCGCCGAGAAGCUUCAAGGGAGAUCAGGGAAAAGCUGCAGGCUGAGGUGGUUCAAUCAGCUGGACCCGAGGAUAAACCGGAGCCCCUUCUCGGAGGAAGAGGAGGAGCUGCUCCUUGCCUCCCACCGCGUCCAUGGCAAUCGGUGGGCCGUCAUCGCCAGGCUCUUCCCGGGGCGCACCGACAACGCCGUCAAGAAUCACUGGCAUGUGAUCAUGGCGCGGCGGUGCAGGGAGAGGAUGCGGAUGUCUAACAAGCGUGGUGCCGGUGGUGUCCCUAGUGCUGCCGCCGCUGGUGCUGCGGAAGAUGAAAAUAACCCUAGGAACGCCAAGAGGCCGAGGCCUGAUUCGAGCAGCAUGGCCUCCCUGCUGGACAAGUACCGAAGAGAAUUUGCAGUACCCUUUGCCAUUAACCAUGAUAGCAACAAGGAGGAUUAUUGUUCAACUACUAACGAAGAAGACACGAACAAAUCGGUUGAAUUCUACGACUUUCUCCAAGUGAAUGCGAACUCGAGCGACACCAAGUGCGGUUCGAGCAUUGAGGAGCAAGAGGAGAAUCGGGAUGAUCAAGCUGAAGGGCAGGUGCAGUUCAUAGAUUUCCUGGAGGUUGGGGCUGCUUCUCAUCGCCAAUGAUUUAUCUAUAUAUUUAACUAGGGAUGCAUCCAAAGCAAGUUGUAAUGCUUUGUGAAAGAGGCAUGCUGCAAAUAGAAAUCUAACACCAAAGGUACUUAUAGAGGAAGCAAAAUGCACCGUACAUAUACAUAUCUGUCCAUAUCCACCAUCGUUGGUGUAUAUAUAUGUGCAAAAUUAUUCUGAGAUAAAUGAGGAAUUAAUCAUUCUCUCAUCUAUUUGUAAAUUUUAUUUAAUAUAAAGAAUAAUUAAUUCAUUUUCUAAAAUA